AUGGGCGCACUCUACAACUUUCACUCCUCUAUCCCUCUCUAUCACCUCAUGUUCCAUUCCUCCCCACCACAUGCAAUGUCAUCUGCUGCCACCACCCAGGCCUUCACCAUCCCAGUGCUGGACCACAUGAUCAUCGUGCCCAUCGUGGAUCAGUACAUCAUCCAGACAGUGCGGGAGCUUGUCGCGUCCAUCUGCCUUGAGCAUGGCACGUUCCCAGAGUGGAGGAUGCCACUCACACCGCUUGUGAUGGCAGAGUUCUGGACAAUAUCUGACCAACUCGCUCCACUGAUCAUGAUGGCACGUGCACACACUGGAGCGAGUCACCAAGUAUUGGGUGGAGAAAACCAUCGAGGCCCCCCUGUUCCACCUGGUGUGGCAGAAUUUUACCACCUGGUACCCAUCCUUGGAGCCUGUACCCCUAGCUGCACCUUCAAGCCAUGCCCCUGCCAUGAGGAUGCCCACCCCUGGUUCCUCAAGGUGCCCAGCCACACCAGUACACAAGGAGUGUCCGCUAAGGUGACCACAGCCAUCCACCCCCCAGCCAGGACAUCAGCCGCAGCAGCUGAAGGACCAUUCACAUGCACUGGCCCCACACCCCGAAACCCCCAUCUGGAGGAAGUGAUGCUCCGCAUCGAGGAGCCCCCACGGGAGAUGCAGAGUAUCUCCAUGUUUGACGAGGCCUUCCAGUACACCGAGCUUGAGGACUACAGCACUGAGGAUGACACUGAGCUGAAGUUGUGCAGCCCUUCGCCCGUGCCACCAGCAUUCGUAUCUUUGCUCAUCCUGUCGCUGCAUCACAUUCCCGGUGUCCCUUCCACAGCCGUGCAACUGACUGCUGCUCGACGGUCCAAGUCAAAAAUCAUUGCAGAGUACCAGUCAGCACACACCGCCACCACACAGGUGUCAGGAUUGGUCAGCAUCGGUCACUGUGCAAUGUUUGCAUCACCAGCACAGGCAGAGGGGCCCAGCACCACCAUCCCACAUCUUCGCCUUCGUCCAGCCAUCCAAGCCACGUCCACACAACUCAGGGGCACUGCAGCUCAGAUUGCUGCCAAGAAGCUCCACCUGACUGCUCACCUGCCUCCCCCUCCAUUCAUCCUUGUUUCAGGCCUGGACGGCCCACUGCACAAACACAUUGACAUCUACCCGCUCAUGUGCACACUCGCCACCACAUAUGCUGAAGUGUGUGCCACCCCGAGCCUUGCCAUCCUGAUGGGCUGGCCAUUGUACAGCCCCGACCCAGCCACACGCGAUGCCCUACCUGAACUCUUGGACCCUGCCAAUCACCAGCUGAAUGAAUACAUCAAGGAGCCAGCACCUGCUCACAAAUGA